CGCUCGCCGUGACGCGGGCCCCGCGCCCCGCGCCCACCAUGUCCUACCCGCAGGGCUACCUGUACCAGGCGCCCGGCUCGCUGGCGCUCUACUCUUGCCCGGCGUACGGCGCGUCGGCCCUGGCGGCGCCUCGCAGCGAGGAGCUGGCGCGCUCGGCGUCGGGCUCGGCCUUCAGCCCCUACCCGGGCUCCGCGGCCUUCACGGCGCAGGCGGCCACCGGCUUCGGCAGCCCGCUGCAGUACUCGGUCGACGCGGCCGCCGCCGCCGGCUUCCCGUCCUACAUGGGCGCGCCCUACGACGCGCAUACGACCGGGAUGACGGGCGCCAUCAGCUACCACCCGUAUGGCAGCGCGGCCUACCCGUACCAACUCAACGACCCGGCGUACCGCAAGAACGCCACGCGGGACGCCACGGCCACACUCAAGGCUUGGCUUAAUGAGCACCGCAAGAACCCCUACCCCACCAAGGGCGAGAAGAUCAUGCUGGCCAUCAUCACCAAGAUGACCCUCACGCAGGUCUCCACCUGGUUCGCCAACGCGCGCCGGCGCCUCAAGAAGGAAAACAAGAUGACGUGGGCCCCGAGGAACAAAAGCGAGGACGAGGACGAGGACGAGGGUGACGGGUCGAGGAGCAAGGAGGAGAGUCCCGAAAAAGCGCAGGAAGGUACCGAGACCUCGGCGGAGGACGAAGGGAUCAGCCUGCAUGUCGAUUCGCUCACGGAUCAUUCGUGCUCGGCCGAGUCGGACGGGGAGAAGCUGCCUUGCCGCGCCGGGGACCCCCUGUGCGAAUCGGGCUCGGAGUGCAAGGACAAGUACGACGACCUGGAGGACGAAGAGGAUGAAGACGAGGAGGGCGAGCGGGACCUGGGGCCACCCAAGCCUGUGACCUCGUCGCCGCUGACGGGCGUGGAGGCGCCGCUGCUGAGCCCCGCGCCGGAGGCCGCUCCCCGAGGUGGCGGCAAGGCGCCCCUGGGCAGCCGGACGUCGCCGGGAGCGCUACCGCCCGCCAGCAAGCCCAAGCUGUGGUCGCUGGCUGAGAUCGCCACGUCGGACCUCAAGCAGCCGAGCCUGGGCCCGAGCUGCGGGCCACCAGGGCUGCCAGCGGCCGCGGCGCCUGCCUCGUCCGGGGCGCCACCGGGCGGCUCUCCCUACUCCGCCUCGCCGCUGCUCGGCCGCCACCUCUACUACACGUCCCACUUCUAUGGUAACUACACAAACUACGGGAACUUGAACGCGGCGCUGCAGGGCCAGGGGCUCCUGCGCUACAACUCGGCGCCCGCGGCCCCCGGCGAGGCGGUACACACCGCACCCAAGGCGGGCAGCGACGCGGGCAAGGCGGGCGCGCACCCGCUCGAGGCCCACUACCGGCCCCCAGGCGGCGGCUACGAGCCCAAGAAAGAUGCCAGCGAGGGCUGCACGGUUGGCGGGGGUGUCCAGCCCUACCUAUAGAAGGCCGGUGUGCAGCAAUGCAAGUAGGUGUCACAAUUGCUUUGGGAAAAAAAAAAAAAAAAAAACAACCAAAGUCAGCAAGCCAGCUUUCUAAGCUAAUAAAUAUACAGAUAUAAAAACCAGAUCUCUAAGUCUGGAUCACAUCUUGUGCCACUGUCAGUGAGAAGAAUCCGCAGAGCACUACCAUGCCAUAGACUCUAAUGAUUAGAACAGACUUUUGUUGGGCAUAUGUGAAUUUGUUGGCAUAGUAUAGCUUCUCCCGAUGUACAUGUGACUUUUGCAAACAAUCUGUUUUCUUUUCCUCAGGAUAUCUUGAAUUGAUCACUUCAUUGCCACGGUAUAUAUUCUAUAGGUGUGAUAGGAUUGACUGUAAAAUUUAUUUGUAAAAGAUGUACACAGUAGAAAUAAUAAAAUGUGAUUCAAGAACUUGAGUACUUAAGAAGUGGAAACAAAUUUGAUAUUUAUUUUUAUAAUGAUAUAAAGCUUCUAGUAACUUAUGCAAGUUGUAUUGCAACGGAAUCUAAACUUUUUGUAAAUAAAUUCUGCCUGGUUUUUAUUUGAACAUUGCUGGUUAUACAAUCUUUGUUGGUUGUUUAACAAGAAUUCUUUACUAAUUUAUAUCCUAAAUUGUAAAUAAAAACAGACUAGUCUACAA